CCAUAUAUAAAAGCACUUCCCUUAUCUCGUCCGCAGUGUGUCCGUCUCUCUCGUCCCCGUUUCUUGCUUUGCGUGUGAGAGAGGGGAGAGGAAAGAAAAGAGGAGGAAGAAUGGUGGUCACGACGACGGUGUCGGACUCCGAUGAGCAUGUUCACUCCACUUUCGCCUCCAGAUACGUCCGCGACCCUCUUCCCAAGUUCAAGAUGCCGGAGCAUUCGAUACCGAAAGAAGCGGCUUACCAGAUAAUAAGCGAUGAACUGAUGUUGGAUGGGAAUCCGAGGCUGAACUUGGCUUCUUUCGUGACUACGUGGAUGGAGCCGGAGUGUGAUAAGCUGAUGAUGGCUGCAAUCAACAAGAAUUAUGUCGAUAUGGAUGAAUACCCUGUCACCACAGAGCUCCAGAACCGGUGCGUUAACAUGAUAGCCCACCUGUUCAAUGCUCCCAUGGGAGAUGAUGAGACCGCAAUCGGUGUCGGGACAGUGGGGUCGUCAGAGGCUAUAAUGUUGGCAGGGUUGGCAAUGAAGAGGAAGUGGCAGAAAAAGAGACAGUCCGAAGGAAAACCUUUUGAUAAGCCAAAUAUAGUUACUGGAGCCAAUGUGCAGGUUUGCUGGGAGAAGUUCGCUAGGUACUUUGAGGUUGAGCUGAAGGAAGUGAAACUGAAGGAGGAUUAUUAUGUGAUGGACCCAGCGAAAGCUGUCGAGAUGGUGGACGAGAAUACGAUAUGUGUUGCAGCGAUACUUGGUUCAACCUUAACUGGAGAGUUCGAGGAUGUGAAACUCCUUAAUGAUCUCCUUACUAAGAAGAACAAGGAAACCGGAUGGGACACUCCCAUUCAUGUUGAUGCUGCAAGUGGAGGGUUCAUAGCCCCAUUUCUGUACCCGAAUCUCAAAUGGGAUUUCCGUUUACCACUAGUUAAGAGCAUUAACGUGAGCGGUCACAAGUAUGGCCUUGUUUAUGCCGGUGUUGGAUGGGUUGUUUGGAGGAGCAAAGAAGAGUUGCCCGAGGAACUCAUCUUUCACAUUAAUUACCUCGGGUCUGAUCAACCCACUUUCACGCUCAACUUUUCUAAAGGUUCGAGUCAAAUUAUAGCUCAAUAUUAUCAGUUAAUAAGGCUGGGGUUCGAGGGAUACAAAAACAUCAUGCAGAACUGCAUGGCCAACGCUGGCGCACUGCGAGAGGAGAUCAAAAAAAUGGGCCGGUUCAACAUACUGUCGAAGGAAGAUGGCGUGCCGCUCGUCGCCUUUUCCCUUAAGGACAGCAGCCGGUUCACGGUAUUCGACAUAGCCGAGGACCUGAGGAGGUUCGGAUGGAUCGUGCCGGCGUACACGAUGCCGCCCGACGCGGAGCACGUGGCCGUCCUCCGCGUCGUGGUCCGGGAGGACUUCAGCAGGGGCCUCGCGGAGAGGCUCGCGCAUGACAUCGAGAAGGUCGUGAAGGAGCUGGACGGGAAGCCGAGCCGCGGCACCAUCAAGGCCGCCCACGUGACGGCCGCUGCUGCCGAGGGGUCGGGCAGUGACAAGCGUGUGAAGAAGAGCGUGGAGGAGACUCAGAGGGAGAUCACAAGCUAUUGGAAGGGGCUGGUGGAUGGCAGGAGAACUGGGGCUUGCUAGGACUAUGUCAUUUCAUGUGCUGGGUUGCAACGUUUGUUUGUGCUUGACUGCUUGUUUAUCUUACAAGAAGCAUUAAGGGUAAUAUUUCACCGGUAUUGAGAAUGUGAAGCUACUAUGUUGGUGGGUCCGUCUUUACUCUUAAGCAUUGUUAUUGAAAAUUGUCUUAUUAAUAUGUAAAUAUUAUCUUUAUUUUUUUUAAA